AUGCUACCUGUGUUGCCAAAACUCGAUGUUCCCGAAGAGAAUAUGAGACGGCCGCUAGCUCCGCUUGCGCCUGCAUUUGCCGUGACAAUAUUGAGGGUUCCGCUGCUUGUUGUAGUGCCUUCGCCAGUCGUAAUCUCAACGCACCCCCCUGUCGUCGUGGUACUGCGCCCAGAUAGGAGGCUAACAAUCCCACCAUCACCGCUAGUCCCACUGCCUACGGUGAUGCCGAUGGCACCGCCCCUGCCAUCGGUGGAGGCGCCUGAACCAAAGGACAACAUGCCACUAUUGCCACCUAUCGCGAUGCCGGAGCUAAAAAGGAGGAAGCCACUAGAUCCCACAUCACCCGCAUUGGGAGUCGAAAAGAACAGACUACCACUCGAUGAAGUUGAACCUUCGCCGCUAGCAACGAUGAUUGUUCCACCUGUUGAUGUUGUACCGCGGCCUGACCGCAGGGUAAGCUCACCUCCAGCGCCGCUGGUGCCACUCCCGACUGCCAAUGUCACCCACCCACCUUGUCCCUGCGUCGCUGCGCCCGAGCCGAUGUAUAUUCCACCGCUGUUGCCACCCUUCGCCGUGCCUGAGCUAAAGGUUAGUACGCCCGAAGAGCCGUCGACCCCGCUAUUAAUUGUCGCCACGCAUACAGACCCGCUACUUGUGUGCGUGCCCUCGCCGCUCCCCACAUAUAUGACCCCGCCAGUGGACUGUGUUGAGCGACCAGAGCACACGCUCACUCCACCCCCGCUACCCGAAGUGCCGCUGCCAACAACGAGGGAAAGACUCCCUGAACGACCAUUUGUCGCCGCGCCUGUUCCAAUGUAUAUAGCCCCACUAUUUGCAUCUUUAGAUGUUCCAGAGCUAAAAGCCAGACGGCCGCUACUACCCCCAAUUCCGGAGUUUGCCGUGGUCAAGAGCACCGAUCCGCUGCUGGUUGCCGUGCCUUCACCACUCAUAAUCGACAUCUUCCCACCAGUUCUCAUCUCACUGCGACCUGCCUGCAGCGUCAUCAUACCGCCCUUACCGGAUGUGCCACUUCCCACAGUCAGGACGAGCGAACCAGCGCGACCGUCCGUUGCCGCACCCGAACCCAUACACAUGUCGCCGCUAUUCCCUCCACUUGCAGUACCAGAUGAAAAGACAAGGCGACCACUUGCACCACUUGUGCCAGCAUUUGGUACGCAAACGAAGAUGGACCCGCUACUUGUCGCUGUCCCCUCACCACUUGCUGCAGACAACUCGCCACCAGUCUGGACGAUAGACCCUCCUGCCAUUAUCCAAAUCCCGCCUCCCACUCCCGAUGUGCCGCUCCCAGCAGUUAUGCCGAUGGCUCCACCUCGUCCGCCUGUCGCGGCGCCCGUACCCAAGAAUAGCAUGCCGGAAUUGCCCGCCUUGCUAGAUCCACUACUAAAAAUAAGAUAUCCGCUCGCACCAGAAGCACCACCAUUCGCAGAAAGAACUAUUACCGUCCCACUGCUAGUUGCCGUACCUUCACCGCUUGCGAGCACCACCGAACCGCCGGAGCAUGUGCCACUCUGGCCGGCACAGAGCGAGAUGUCUCCACCGCGACCGCUUGUGCCGCUACCCACCGUGAGAAACACCGCGCCGCCCUGUCCACCUGUCGUGGUGCUAGUACCAAGCAAAAUAUCGCCACUGUUACCGCUUUUCGCAGAUCCAGAGGAAAAGAUCAGACAACCAGAGGAGCCUGUAGUGCCGGAAUUACUAGUGCGGACAGUGAUCAAGCCGCUGCUACUCGAAGCACCUACUCCGCUCUCAAUUGCAACCGAGCCACCUGUCCUCGUGGUCGAGAGGCCAGCGUCUAGGACAAGCGCACCACCCGAUCCACUUGUGCCGCUACCAACAGAAAUAUAUAUAGCACCGCCUCUUCCGCCUGUUGCCGCUCCGCUUCCCAAGAGCAAACUGCCACUAUUUCCAUUACUUGCUGUGCCAGAAGAAAACACGAGGUGUCCACUUGACCCAGCCACGCCACUGUUUCCGGUUCUGAAUGUUAUGCAUCCGCUGCUUGUCGCUGUCCCUUCGCCGCUAAGAAGCGAGAGAACUCCACCGGUCGCGGCCAGAGCAUUGCUCGAUCCGCUCUGUAAACCCAGAACACCGCCGUCUCCGCUAGUGCCGCUACCCACCGUCAUAUACAUGGCGCCACCACGCCCCCCCGUAGCGCUGCCGCUGCCCAAUAGCAGGUUUCCAGUGUUUCCCGUUUUUGAGGUUCCCGAAGAAAACGACAAACGACCGCUCGUGCCUGCGGCGCCAGCGUUGGGCGUGCGUAUGCUGACUGAUCCGGAGGAGGAGGCGGUGCCUUCUCCGGACUCGAUUUUGAUCAGCCCACCGGUGGAAACCGCGGACUGUCCAGCUAGUAAACUCAUUGAGCCACCGGCCCCACUUGUGCCACAGCCCACACUUAGUGUUAUGGCACCGCCACGUCCACUUGUGGCCACUCCAGUACCGAUGAGUAACGCGCCACUAUUUCCGCAGUUGGCUGUGCCAGAAGAAAAGACAAGAUGGCCACUUGCCCCUGUAACCCCCGCGUUGCCAGUCUGA